UGAUCAUGAAUCUGGGUGAUGGUUUAUGAAUGAUGGUGAUGACAGCAUCCUCCUCGACUGUCGCUCCCAUGUUCUAACACCUGCGCAGCUGCCGGUAAUUCAUACAAUUUUAUCUGAUGCGGAUCGCUGCUGGCUUCACUGUCUAUACCCAAUGGUCUGUACGGACGAACUGCCACCAUUUUAAACUCUUUGAAGACAAACUUGGAAAAUAUAAGAAUAUGCUAUUUGUGGGCACGCUGUUAAUUGAGGAUUACAGACACCUAAAAAGCAGAGUCGUUUGGUUGGGGUUGCCUUUGUUUCCUGUUGAGAGAGUAGAGGACUGAUGCUGCCUCGAACACCCUCCUCAUCAGCAGAGCCGAUUAUAAACAUUUAAAAAAUUGUCGGAUGAUCGAAACUGAGCGGAAGAUCUCCGAGGCUCGCUCUUGGACCAUCCACUCAUCUGUAAGAUCCUUUAUAAAUAAAUAAAUAAAUAAAUAAAUAAGGGGACGGGAUAUUGUUUUAAUAGGAUAAGGCAAUUACCAGAUGAAACCCCACUACAGGACCUCAACGUAAAGAACCUGAUUAAACCGCCAAUAACCAUUGGACAGAGUCUGUCAUAGGGGAGAUAUCAAAACCUCAGUAACACGCACGCACGCACGCACGCACGCACGCACGCACACACACACACACACACACACACACACACACACACACACACACACACACACACACACCAUCAUUCCUGAUGGCGCUUGAAGACUCUUCCUUCCCCUCGCGGCCAGAGUCCCUCUCUCUGCCCGUGGUGGAGAAAGGGAAGGGACCAGUGGAAGAGGCUAGCGAGGUGACGGCCUCCACCGGAGUGUUUGAUGUGUCUGAGGAUCUGGGCCAUGUGGUUACCACGGAUACCGCCCAGCCUGGCGUUAACAGAUCGUGGAAGUCCAAGUUGGCAGAGAGGCAGGCCAAUGCAGCAUCCGAGGAGUACGUUAAGAAGCUGCCUCGGGUGGUGGAGAAGGAGCGGGGUAGAUUUGGCUGGGCCAAGAGACGUAAGACUCAGCGCUAUGUGGAGAAGAAUGGUCGCUGUAACGUUUCACACGGCAACAUGAGGGAGACGUACCGUUAUCUGACAGAUAUCUUCACCACGCUGGUGGACCUCAACUGGCGCUGCUCUCUCUUCGUCUUCGUCAUGGCCUAUGCCAUCACCUGGCUCUUCUUCGGGGCCAUUUGGUACCUGAUAGCCUACCUCCGAGGGGAUCUAGAUCAUCUGGAGGAUGAGACAUGGACACCCUGCGUCAACAACGUGAACGGCUUCAUCUCGGCCUUCCUCUUCUCCAUCGAGACAGAGACCACCAUUGGUUACGGCCACCGUGUCAUCACUGACCAGUGUCCAGUGGGCACCAUGCUACUCCUGCUCCAGGCCAUACUGGGAUCUAUGGUCAACGCCUUUAUGGUGGGCUGUAUGUUUGUGAAGAUCUCUCAGCCCAAUAAGCGCGCGGAGACCCUGGUGUUCUCUAAGAAUGCAGUGAUCUCUCUGAGAGACGACAGACUGUGUCUGAUGUUUCGGGUGGGGGACCUGCGCAGCUCGCACAUUGUUGGAGCCAACAUGAGGGCCAAACUCAUAAAGUCUAAACAGACUCAGGAAGGUGAGUUUAUCCCUCUGGACCAGACAGACAUCAGUGUGGGUUUUGAAACGGGGGACGACCGCCUGUUUCUGGUGUCUCCACUGGUCAUCUCCCACGAGAUCGACUGCCGCUCGCCCUUCUGGGACAUGUCUCAGGGCCAGCUGGAGAAGGACGACUUUGAGAUGGUCGUCAUCCUGGAGGGAAUGGUGGAGGCCACUGGUAUGACGUGCCAGGCGCGAAGCUCUUACCUGGCAGACGAGGUCCAGUGGGGUCACAGGUUCAGUCCGAUGAUGUCACUGGCCGAAGGCUUCUUUGACAUUGACUAUGGCGCCUUCCAUCAAACCUUUGAGGUGGACACUCCCUCCUGCUCAGCGCACGAACUCUCAUUAGCUGCGGCCCGAUUGGAGGCUCAUCUCUAUUGGUCGAUCUCCAGUAAACUGGACGAAGAGAAAUGGGAGGGAUCUUCUCUGACCAAUCAAUCAGGGAAGCAGCUAGACAAUGGGAAAGGAGGGGUCGUCGGCCCCGUUUCAUUUACUGUUGGUGAGAUCACUGGAAUAGAAGAACAAUCCGGACCAGGGGAGUUGAAUGGAAGUGUCACCACUGACCAGUCAGAAUCAGAGGCCUAAAGUAGAUUGGGGCACCCUAUCCCCUAUGCAGUGCACUUAUUUUGAGCAGAGCCCUGGUCCACAGUACUAUAAAUGUCAUGACAGGAUGAACCACAACUGCAGUACUGUAAAUGUACUUUUAGCUAAUGUAUAACAUACAGCCAUAGAACAUUUUUCCCCAAGGGAGAGUUGGGUGGUUUAAAUGGUCCAUUUUGCUCCUUCUUUGCUGUGUUGGAUAACAUUGACUUGGACAUGACAAAUUAUAUCAAUUCAAUUUUGUCUUUCAUUUUAUUAUUACCAUGAAUAUCUGUGCUUCACUAUAAUUAUAUUAUAUUGUUAUAGCUCCAAUAUCCGCUGCCAACAAUAUACAUUAUAUUAAUUAAUACUUUAUUUUAAUUUUUUAAGAAUUAAGUAUUGACAAUUCUUUGUCAGGAAAGGGGAUGUUGUUGAGCCAGGUGAGAAUGUUCAGAGACAUAGAAAGAGAACUGUGUUUUGGAAUGUUCUGGAACGUUCAGAGACAUAGAAAGAGAACUGUGUUUUGGAAUGUUCUGAACUUUCAGAGACAUAGAAAGAGAACUGUGUUUUGGAAUGUUCUGGAACGUUCAGAGACAUAGAAAGAGAACGGUGUUUUGGAAUGUUCUGGAACGUUCAGAGAGAUCGAAAGAGAAGCAUGUCAUGUGUUGGCUGAAUUGGGGAGUCAAUGUAUAAAAGGAAUUAUGUAUUAUGGAUAGUGUGAUAGAAGAGAACAUGUAUGGUUUUUCACUUUAGCAUGUAAAGAGCAUAUCAAGGAAUUGAUUUAAAUAGUAUCUCUAAAUCUCUUUAUCUCUAAAAAAACAAGGAUUGUUUUAAAAGAUUAUAUAGAAGUGUACAUUAUGAUUACAUUAAAACAACCACCAUCUUGUGAUUAAUUUAGAUGUAGAAUCAUUACUGUGUUAACAAUUUUAAAGGGAUAUAUCAUAUGUAGCUUAUCACUGACCAUGUCCCAACUGGAGACUAGUGGAAGUAUUCAUCUAACAAAACAAAGUAUUUUCUCUCUUGGGAAUGUUUCUGUGUGAUUUCACGUAGAAAGUAAGUAGCACAAUGAAAUAUUUUCUUUCUAUAGCCUCUUAGGAUUUAAGCACAACUGUGUUCCGCUCUGCUCACCCCAACCUCGUGCUUCUGCUGCUGUGUACAUAGGAGACUUUUUACUUGAUGUUUUUAAUAUAGAAAGAAAAUCUGAAUUAUUAUCUAUCAAAAUUAAUAAACUAUAUUCCACACCAA